CUAAAUCUCGUCAUUUUCCGGUUAAUGGCCUGGGUGCCACUAGCCAAUCGUCUUCGAACGAUACCCGUAAUAUUUACAAUAAUCCCUAUAGCUCCUCGUCCGCGGCGACAACAGCUUCGUCUUUGCAACAGCAACAACAGCAGCAGCAACAACAACAUCAACAAAUGCGUCAUCAACAAUUGUCACAACAUGUCUACAAGUCAAUAGCCGGUAGUACUGGUGGUAGUAGCGCCGGCUAUGAUUAUUCAACACCAAAUCCAACGGAUCAACAGGCAGCCGGCGGUUCGAAUAGUCAUCAUUUGACAGAUGCGGAAAAUGCCUUUCUCAAUCAUAAUAACGGUAUGUAAUGCUUCAUUUCCUGGUGUUUCUAUAAAAAUUAUGGUAUGUAAGAAAUAUAU